AUGUCUGCUGCAACAACACGCCUGCUGCAACAACACGCCUGCUGCAACAACACGCCUGCUGCAACACCACGCCUGCUGCAACAACACGUCUGCUGCGACAACACGUCUGCUGCGACAACACGUCUGCAAAGACACGUCUGCUGCAACAACACGUCUGCAACAACACGUUUGCUGCAACAACACGUUUGCUGCAACAACACGUCUGCUGCAACAACACGUCUGCUGCAACAACACGUCUGCAACAACACGUCUGCUGCAACAACACGUCUGCAAAAACACAACUGCUGCAACAACACGUCUGCAACAACACAUCUGCUGCAACAACACGUCUGCAACAACACGUCUGCUGCAACAACACGUUUGCAACAACACAUCUGCUGCAACAACAAGUCUGCUGCAACAACACGUCUGCUGCAACAACACGUCUGCUGCAACAACACGUCUGCUGCAAAAACACGUCUGCUGCAACAACACGUCUGCAACAACACGUCUGCAACAACACAUCUGCUGCAACAACACGUUUGCAACAACACAUCUGCUGCAACAACACGUCUGCUGCAACAACACGUCUGCUGCAACAACACGUCUGCUGCAACAACACGUCUGCAGCAACAACACGCCUGCUGCCACAACACGUCUGCUGCAACAACACGCCUGCUGCAACAACACGUCUGCAACAACACGUCUGCUGAAACAACACGUCUGCUGAAACAACACGUCUGCAGCAACAACACGCCUGCUCCCACAACACGUCUGCUGCAACAACACGCCUGCUGCAACAACACGCCUGCUCCAACAACACGCCUGCUGCAACAACACGUCUGCAGCAACAACACGUCUGCUGCAACAACACGUCUGCUGCAACAACACGUCUGCUGCAACAACACGUCUGCAGCAACAACACGCCUGCUGCAACAACACGCCUGCUGCAACAACACGUCUGCUGCGACAACACGUCUGCUGCAACAACACGUCUGCAACAACACGUCUGCUGCGACAACACGUCUGCUGCAACAACACGUCUGCAAAAACACAUCUGCUGCAACAACACGUCUGCAACAACACAUAUGCUGCAACAACACGUCUGCUGCAACAACACGUUUGCAACAACACAUCUGCUGCAACAACAAGUCUGCUGCAACAACACGUCUGCUGCAACAACACGUCUGCUGCAACAACACGUCUGCUGCAAAAACACGUCUGCUGCAACAACACGUCUGCAACAACACAUCUGCUGCAACAACACGUUUGCAACAACACAUCUGCUGCAACAACACAUCUGCUGCAACAACACGUCUGCUGCAACAACACGUCUGCAGCAACAACACGCCUGCUGCAACAGCACGCCUGCUGCCACAACACGUCUGCUGCAACAACACGCCUGCUGCAACAACACGCCUGCUGCAACAACACGUCUGCAACAACACGUCUGCUGCAACAACACGUCUGCUGCAACAACACGUUUGCAACAACACAUCUGCUGCAACAACACGUCUGCUGCAACAACACGUCUGCAGCAACAACACGCCUGCUCCAACAACACGCUUGCUGCCACGACACGUCUGCUGCAACAACACGCCUGCUGCAACAACACGCCUGCUCCAACAACACGCCUGCUGCAACAACACGUCUGCAGCAACAACACGUCUGCUGCAACAACACGUCUGCUGCAACAACACGUCUGCUGCAACAACACGUCUGCAGCAACAACACGCCUGCUGCAACAACACGCCUGCUGCAACAACACGUCUGCUGCGACAACACGUCUGCUGCGACAACACGUCUGCUGCGACAACACGUCUGCUGCGACAACACGUCUGCUGCGACAACACGUCUGCUGCAACAACACGUCUGCUGCAACAACACGUUUGCUGCGACAACACGUCUGCUGCAACAACACGUCUGCUGCAACAACACGUCUGCUGCAACAACACGUCUGCAACAACACGUCUGCUGCAACAACAUGUCUGCUGCAACAACACGUCUGCUGCAACAACACGUCUGCAAAAACACAUCUGCUGCAACAACACGUCUGCAACAACACGUCUGCUGCAACAACACGUCUGCUGCAACAACACGUUUGCAACAACACAUCUGCUGCAACAACACGUCUGCAGCAACAACACGCCUGCUCCAACAACACGCUUGCUGCCACGACACGUCUGCUGCAACAACACGCCUGCUGCAACAACACGCCUGCUGCAACAACACGUCUGCAGCAACAACACGUCUGCUGCAACAACACGUCUGCUGCAACAACAUUUCUUUAACAACACGUCUGCUGCAACUGCACGUCUGCUGCAACACGCCUGCUGUAACAACACGUCUGCAGCAACAACACGUCUGCUGCAAAACACGUCUGCUGCAACAACCAACUGCUGCAACAACACGUCUGCUGCAACAACACGCCUGCUGCAAUAA